CACUUCCCGGCCGCCCGCCCCAGCCCUCGGCCUCGGCUGCGCGACCCGGGCGGAGGAUCCCGGUCGCAGGCCGAGGCGAGAGCCAGGCGGAAGGGCCGCGAGCGGGCUGCCCCUCUCCCCGCCUUGCUGUCCGCAGCUGACGUAGCCUGCGAAGUUUGGGGAGGGAGGAGCUCAGGCGGCCUGAGCUGGUGGCGGUGCGCGCCGGGGAGGGCCGGCCGGGGCGGCGAGAGAGGAAGCUCCUUCGCGGCGCUACGGCGUUGGCACUAGUCUCUAGAAAAGAAGUCAGCUCUGGUUCGGAGAAGCAGCGGCUGGCGUGGGCCGCCCGGGGAAUGGGCGCCCUCGUGACCUAGUGUCGCGGGGCAAAAAGGGUCUUGCCGGCCUCGCUAGUGCAGGGGCGGAUCUGGGCUCCCGAGCGCGGCGGGGGAGCCUUGGGAGCCGCCGCAGCAGGGGGCACAACCGGAACCGGCCUGAGCGCCCGGGACCAUGAACGGGGAGGCCAUCUGCAGCGCCUUGCCCACCAUUCCCUACCACAAGCUCGCCGACCUGCGCUACCUGAGCCGCGGCGCCUCGGGCACUGUGUCGUCCGCCCGCCACGCAGACUGGCGCGUCCAGGUGGCUGUGAAGCACCUGCACAUCCACACCCCUCUGCUCGACAGUGAAAGAAAGGAUGUCUUAAGAGAAGCUGAAAUUUUACACAAAGCUAGAUUUAGUUACAUUCUUCCAAUUUUGGGAAUUUGCAAUGAGCCUGAAUUUUUGGGAAUAGUUACUGAAUACAUGCCAAAUGGAUCAUUAAAUGAACUCCUACAUAGGCAGAUACUCUGGCACCCAAAUUUGCAGCUCACUGGACAUUCUACAGCCUCCUCCAGGGGACUGCUAACUCCUGGAAAAAAAAUCAUAAAAUACAGAGUGAGCACUUCUCUCCCUUGUCUCCAUGAUCACAAUCCUCCAUAUUACAUUAUGCUGCAGAGAGGCCUGAAAACUGAAUAUCCUGAUGUUGCUUGGCCAUUGAGAUUUCGCAUUCUGCAUGAAAUUGCCCUUGGUGUAAAUUACCUGCACAAUAUGACUCCUCCUUUACUUCAUCAUGACUUGAAGACUCAGAAUAUCCUAUUGGACAAUGAAUUUCAUGUUAAGAUUGCAGAUUUUGGUUUAUCAAAAUGGCGCAUGAUGUCCCUCUCACAAUCACGAAGUAGCAAAUCUGCACCAGAAGGAGGGACAAUUAUCUAUAUGCCACCUGAAAACUAUGAACCUGGACAAAAAUCAAGGGCCAGUAUCAAGCACGAUAUAUAUAGCUAUGCAGUUAUCACAUGGGAAGUGUUAUCCAGAAAACAGCCUUUUGAAGAUGUCACCAAUCCUUUGCAGAUAAUGUAUAGUGUGUCACAAGGACAUCGACCUGUUAUUAAUGAAGAAAGUUUGCCAUAUGAUAUACCUCACCGAGCACAUAUGAUCUCUCUAAUAGAAAGUGGAUGGGCACAAAAUCCAGAUGAAAGACCAUCUUUCUUAAAAUGUUUAAUAGAACUUGAACCAGUUUUGAGAACAUUUGAAGAGAUAACUUUUCUUGACGCUGUUAUUCAGCUAAAGAAAACAAAGUUACAGAGUGUUUCAAGUGCCAUUCACCUAUGUGACAAGAAGAAAAUGGAAUUAUCUCUGAACAUACCUGUAAAUCAUGGUCCACAAGAGGAAUCAUGUGGAUCCUCUCAGCUCCAUGAAAAUAGUGGUUCUCAUGAAACUUCAAGGUCCCUGCCAGUUCCUCAAGACAAUGAUUUUUUAUCUAGAAAAACUCAACACUGUUCUUUUAUGAUGCUGCAUCGCUGUCCUGGAAAUCACAGUUGGGAUAGCACCAUUUCUGCGUCUCAAAGGGCUGCAUUCUGUGAUCAAAAGACCACUCCAUGCUCUUCAGCAAUAAUAAAUCCACUCUCAACUGCAGGAAACCCAGAACGUCUGCAGCCUGGUAUAGCCCAGCAGUGGAUCCAGAGCAAAAGGGAAGACAUUGUGAACCAAAUGACAGAAGCCUGCCUUAACCAGUCGCUAGAUGCCCUUCUGUCCAGGGACUUGAUCAUGAAAGAGGACUAUGAACUUAUUAGUACCAAGCCUACAAGGACCUCAAAAGUCAGACAAUUACUAGACACUACUGACAUCCAAGGAGAAGAAUUUGCCAAAGUUAUAGUUCAAAAGUUGAAAGAUAAUAAACAAAUGGGUCUUCAGCCUUACCCGGAAAUACUUGUGGUUUCUAGAUCACCAUCUUUAAAUUUACUUCAAAAUAAAAGCGUGUAAGUGACUGUUUUUCAAGAAGAAAAGUCGUUUUAUAAAAGGAUAUUUAUAUCUCUGUUGCUUUGACCUUUUUUUAAAUAUAAAAUCGUGAGUAUUAAAAGCUUUAUUGAAGGUUCUUCUUUGGGUAAAUAUUAGUCUCCCUCCAUGACACUGCAGUAUUUUUUAUUAAUUAAUACAAGUAAAAAGUUUGAAUUUUGCUACAUAGUUCAAUUUUUUAUGUCUCUUGUUAACAGAAACCACUUUUAAAGGGUAAUAAUUAUUAUUCUUGUUCAUAACAGUGCCUUAAGGUAUGUCGUAUUUCUGAUAGAAGCCAUUUUCACAUUCAUGUUCUUCGUGGAUUAUUUGUUACUCGUCUAAGAUGCAAUUUGAUUUUAUGAAGUAUAUACCGUUUUACCCACCAGAAACAGUACAGAAUCUCUGCCCUAAAAUCCCAGGCUUAAUUGCUCUACAAAGGCUUAUUAAUUUAAAACUCCAUUAAUAGGAUUACAUUUUAAAGUUUUAUUUAUAAAUUCCCUUUAAAAAAGAUAUUUCAAAGGUAAAACAAUACAAUAUAAAAAAAUAAUAAAUAUAUUAAUACCGGC